CUUAAACGAUUUUUGUUUGGCUUUUAUUUAUAUUUUGUAUGGUGUUUGAAAUAAGCAAAUCACAACCGAUGGUCUAAAUUUAGCCAGGGAGCCAAAAUUGAAAGUGUUUUUUAAAAUGCAGCAAAGUCAACAAAAUUGGAGUAACCAAAUCAAAAACAAGCAAUAAUUGUUUUUUUUUAAUUCAAAUUAAAUUAGGCAAUGUGACUGUGAAGCGCCAAGAUAAACAAAUUAUAUCAAAAAGAUAAAGUGAUUAAAAAUACAUAAACUCACGAAACUGUGCCACUUAAAGACACUUGAUAACUUUUAAAAACAAAGAAAUACUCUAACCCCUAGAGUAUUUAACACAGCAUUAAAAACCUGAUGGCAACAAUAACAACAGCAACGCAGGCAGCAGGAGCUGCACCAGCUCUCAACUUAUUGCCCGCCAGCAGUAAUGAUAUAAAUAAUACUCUUAACCACAAUAAUAAUAAUAAUAAUAAUAGUAAUAAUAAUAGUACCAACAAUAACAACAACGUAAUAAGCCAGCCAAUUAAAAUACCGCUGAGCGAGCGCUUCUCAUCACAAACGUCGACGGGUUCGGCUGAUAGCGGAGUAAUUGUUUCCAGUGCAUCGCAGCAGCAACUGCAGUUGCCACCACCUCGCAGCAGCAGUGGCUCAUUGAGCCUGCCGCAGGCGCCACCUGGCGGUAAGUGGCGGCAGCAACGCCAGCAACUGCUACUCAGCCAAGAUAGCGGCAUCGAAAAUGGUGUCACCACCAGUCGGCAGUCGAAGGCCAAGGCCUCGCAGGGUGCGGGAAAGCCCAACCACAUUUCCAUCAACUCAAAGGAGUCCGGUGGACAGUCGAACAGCAGCAGCGAGAGUCUGGGCAGCAACUGCUCCGAGGCGCAGGAUCAGCAGCAGCAGAGAAUAAGGGCUUCUUCUGCCCUGGAGCUCAGCAUCGCGGACAAUCCGGUUGCCGUGGGCGUGGCGAGUGUGGGCAACAGCAUCGUGCGCAGCCGCAUCAAGUACAAGAGCACCAACAGCACCGGAACCCAGGGAUUCGAUGUGGAGGAUCGCAUCGAUGAGGUAGAUAUCUGUGAUGAUGUGGAGAUCGAGGAGGAGGACGACGGCGUCAAUGUGGACGACGACGUCGAGGAGGCCGACAACCAGUCGGACAGCCAGUCAGGCAUUAUAAUAAACCUCAAGGGCAAGAGCGAAGUGGACGGUGAGGCCAAGGAGGUCGAGGAGGCAAAGCCCCACCCCCGACUGCUGCCGCCCGAUCAGGCGGAAUUAACUGUGGCAGCGGCAACAGCCCGACGCCACGAUGCCAAGAGCCUGGCCACCGACGGCCACAUCUACUUCCCCCUGCUGAAGAUCAGCGAGGAUCCGCACAUCGACUCGAAGCUGAUCAACCGCAAGGACGGCCUCCAGGACACCAUGUAUUAUCUGGACGAGUUCGGCAGCCCCAAGCUGCGGGAGAAGUUCGCCCGCAAGCAGAAGCAGCUGCUCGCCAAGCAGCAGAAGCAGCUGAUGAAGCGGGAGCGGAGGAGCGAGGAGCAGCGCAAGAAGCGGAACACCACCGUGGCGUCCAACUUGGCGGCCAGCGGUGCGGUGGUGGACGAGACCAAAGAUGAUGAACAACAACAACAGCAACAGCAACAGCAACCACUCUGUGAUACUAGCUCUAGGGCCAAACUUAACUCGGUACCCAAUCCGAACCCCAGCGACCUCCAUCGAAACCACAACCAUCGUCAUCCCGCUGUCGAUCUGGAGGAGGAUGUGGACUCCACCGGCCACGUGGACGACGGCGCGGUCAAGAUGCGCCGCCACAGCCACGACAACCACUUCGACCGAAUCCCCCAGAGCAAUGCAGCAACCAUCACCACCACCCGCCCCAAAAAUGAUUCUCAGUCCCUGGACGCCGACUACAUCGAGCAGGGAGCCGAGCCGGAGUUCGAGGGAGACGCGGACAGCGACGAGAGCGGCGAGAACGUUAAGACUGCCAAAUUGGCCAGAACCCAGUCCUGCGUCAGUUGGACCAAAGUGGUGCAAAAGUUCAAAAAUAUAUUAGGUCGCGAUGGAUCCAAAAUCACAACAGUUGUGGCAACUCCCGGCCAAGGCACCGAUCGCGUACAAGAGGUCUCCUAUACAGACACAAAGGUCAUCGGCAACGGCAGCUUCGGCGUCGUGUUCCAGGCAAAGCUCUGCGACACCGGCGAACUGGUGGCAAUCAAAAAAGUUUUACAAGACAGACGAUUUAAGAAUCGCGAGUUGCAAAUCAUGCGCAAACUGGAGCAUUGUAACAUUGUAAAGCUUUUGUACUUUUUCUAUUCGAGUGGAGAAAAGCGCGACGAAGUAUUUUUGAAUUUAGUCCUCGAAUAUAUACCAGAAACUGUAUACAAAGUGGCUCGCCAAUAUGCCAAAACCAAGCAGACGAUACCAAUCAACUUUAUUCGGCUCUACAUGUACCAGCUGUUCAGAAGCCUGGCCUACAUCCACUCGCUGGGCAUUUGCCAUCGUGAUAUCAAGCCGCAGAACCUUCUGCUCGAUCCGGAGACGGCUGUCCUGAAGCUCUGCGACUUCGGCAGCGCCAAACAACUGCUGCACGGCGAGCCGAACGUCUCGUACAUCUGCUCCCGGUAUUACCGCGCCCCCGAGCUCAUCUUCGGCGCCAUCAAUUAUACAACAAAGAUCGAUGUGUGGAGUGCCGGUUGCGUCCUGGCCGAGCUGCUGCUGGGCCAGCCCAUCUUCCCUGGCGAUUCCGGAGUCGACCAGCUGGUCGAGGUCAUCAAGGUCCUGGGCACACCGACAAGAGAACAGAUUCGCGAGAUGAACCCCAACUACACGGAGUUCAAGUUCCCGCAAAUUAAGAGUCAUCCAUGGCAGAAAGUUUUCCGUAUUCGCACUCCUACAGAAGCUAUCAACUUGGUGUCCCUGCUGCUCGAGUACACCCCCAGCGCCCGGAUCACCCCGCUCAAGGCCUGUGCACAUCCGUUCUUCGACGAGCUGCGCAUGGAGGGCAACCACACCUUGCCCAACGGCCGCGAGAUGCCGCCGCUGUUUAACUUCACGGAGCACGAGCUCUCGAUUCAGCCCAGCCUAGUGCCCCAGCUGCUGCCCAAGCAUCUGCAGAACGCCGCCGGACCGGGCGGCAACCGGUCCUCGGCCGGCGGAGCGGCCUCCGCCGCCGCGAGCGGCUCCACCAGCGUCUCCUCGACGGGCAGCGGGGCCUCGGCGGAGGGAUCCGCCCAGCCGCAGGCCCCGACAGCGGCGGCCGCGGGAUCGGGCGGCGCAGCAGCAGGCGCCGGCGGAGCGAGUGCCGGCGGACAGGGCCCCGGAUCCGGCAGCAACAGCAGCAGCGGCGGCGGAGCCUCGGGAGCGCCGUCCGCCGUGGCCGGCGGGGCCAACGCGCAGCAGGGCAACGCCGCCGUCGUCGGCGGUGCUGGUGGCGGAGGCGGUGGCGGCACGGCGGCCGCAGCUGCCACAGCAGGCGGCGCCAUGGCCGCGACCAACGCCGGCGGCGCCAACGUAACAGAUUCAUAGGGGCAAUAGUAACAUACAUACAAACACUUAUAUAUAUCCCCGUAUAUAUAUAUAGUACUAAAUAUAUAUAAAACCUACACCCAAAACAACAACAACAACAAGAACAGCAUAUAGCAACCAACAAGCAUAUAUAAUAACUGUAAACAAGAACGGAGAACGCAAAACCAGCAGCAGCAACAAAAAUUAAAACAACAAAAAGGCCUAUAUACACAACAAUAAUUGAUAACUCUAAAUAAUGCAAUUGAACACAAAACAAAACAAAACAAAAAAACAACAACAAAAUCAAAUCAGCAACAGAAACAGAAAGAGAAAAUACGAAGAAGAGCGUCAAAAUAGCUGAGAGAGAAAAGCAUAAGCAAAAAGUUAUAACAAACGAGAACAUUUUACGUAGGUAAAAUAUUAAAUUUAUUUUAAAUCUAAAAUAAAACUAAUAAGCAUAAAGUUAAUAAAUAAUAAUGGUAAAUAAAAACACAAUAAUUAUAAUAGCAAAGCGCUGAUCGAUCGAUUGUCAUUUCGCCAACACUGUGCACUGUGCGUGGCGAUAUAUCUUUUAAUUAUUAUAUUAUUAUAAAUAUUCUCUCCUCCCCUUCCUUUCUCCCCUCUCACACUCUCUUCGUUAAAUAUUCGUUAUUUCCGUUAUUUUUCGACGUCUAAAGGAAUAACUAUGUAUAUGUAUAUUGAACAGAGUCAUUGCAUAUUUUUUUAUACCACCUUAUUUAAGUAUAAUUAACUGAUAAGGAGUCAGAGGAAAACAUAUAAACAUAUAAUCCAAUGGAAAGCGAGUUUUGUGUAGACUUAAACACAGCAGACAUUUUAAUGAAAUUGAAUAGAUUAAAGCAAACGCAGUUGGACACACACGACCUUAAAAAGAGGAGAAAGGUAGAAGAGAAGUUGAAGAUAAACAUAAUGAUAAAGAUAAAAAUAAAGAUAAAGAUGAAAAGGAGGAGACAAAAAAAAAAAAAAAAGAAAAACAAAGCCCCGAGCAUAAUGUUAAUGUUAUGUUAAACCUAACCUUAAUGGAAAUUAUUAAAGCAUAAACAAAUGAAAAAAAUCCACAAAAAAACAAGCAACAAACAAAACAAAAA